CGGCGGGGCCGCCACAAUCACGGCGGAGGAGGAGGAGGAGGAGGAAGGACGGGAGCGGGCGGAGGAAGAGCGGGGCCGGUCCCGGUCCCGUCCUGUCCCGGCGGGCCCCGCCGUGCCUGUGAGCCCGCCCGCCCGGGUGGGGAGCGGAGCGGAGCAGCGGGCAGGAGCGGGGCUGGCGGCGUGCGAAGAUGGCUGGGGCCAUCAUCGAGAACAUGAGCACCAAGAAGCUGUGCAUCGUCGGGGGCAUCCUGCUGGUGUUCCAAGUCAUCGCCUUCCUGGUGGGGGGGCUGAUCGCUCCCAGCCCCACUACAGCUGUUCCUUACAUGUCAGUGAAGUGCAUUGAUGUAAGGAAGAACCACCACAAAACCAAGUGGCUGAUGCCCUGGGGACCCAACCACUGUGAGAAGCUCAAGGACUUUGACGAGGCGGUGAGCAGGCAGAUUGAAGCCAACGACAUCGUGUUUGCUGUGCACAUUCCCCUCCCCAGCAAGGAGAUGAGCCCCUGGUUCCAGUUCAUGCUCUUCAUCAUGCAGCUGGACAUUGCAUUCAAGAUGGACAAUGACCUAAAAGAGAAUGCAGAGAUCACCCUGGAUGUGUCGCUGGCGUAUCGUGAUGACAUGUUUGAUGACUGGAAGGAAAUAGCACAUGCAAUAGAGAUCAGGAAGCUGAAAUGCACCUUUGGCUCACCAAAAACCCUGGAGUCGGAGGGCCGUCACUAUGACUGUGACUUCCUGCCCUUCAUGGAGAUCGGCAGCGUGGCUCACAAGUACUACCUGCUCAACAUCCGCCUGCCCGUGAACGAGAGGAAGGGCAUUAACGUGGGCAUCGGGGAGAUCAAGGACAUCCGCCUCGUGGGCAUCCAUCAGAACGGAGGCUUUACAAAAGUGUGGUUUGCCAUGAAGACCUUCCUCACACCCAGCAUUUUAAUCAUCAUGGUCUGGUACUGGAGACGGAUCACACUGAUGACACGUGCUCCUGUGCUGCUGGAGAAGGUCAUCUUUGCUCUAGGAAUUUCCAUGACAUUCAUUAACAUCCCCGUGGAGUGGUUUUCCAUCGGAUUUGACUGGACUUGGAUGCUGCUCUUCGGAGACAUUCGACAAGGCAUUUUCUAUGCCAUGCUCCUGUCUUUCUGGAUCAUCUUCUGUGGGGAGCACAUGAUGGACCAGAACGAGAGGAAUCGUCUCUCGGGGUACUGGAAGCAGGUUGGACCCAUAGCUGUUGGCUCCUUCUGCCUCUUCAUCUUUGACAUGUGUGAGAGGGGAGUGCAGCUGAAGAACCCCUUCUACAGCAUCUGGACCACUGAAGUUGGCACGGAGCUGGCUAUGGCCUUUAUUAUAGUUGCGGGAAUCUGCCUGUGUCUCUAUUUCCUCUUCCUGUGUUUUAUGGUCUUCCAAGUGUUCAGGAACAUCAGUGGGAAGCAGUCAAGCCUCCCAGCCAUGAGCAAGGCUCGCCGCCUUCAUUACGAGGGGCUGAUUUUUAGGUUCAAGUUCCUGAUGCUCAUCACCCUGGCGUGCGCAGCAAUGACAGUCAUCUUCUUCAUCGUGAGCCAGGUGACCGAAGGCCACUGGAAGUGGGGGGACAUCACGAUACAAGUGAACAGUGCCUUCUUCACCGGCAUCUAUGGGAUGUGGAACCUCUACGUGUUUGCCCUCAUGUUCCUGUACGCACCAUCGCACAAGAACUACGGUGAAGACCAGUCCAAUGGUGACCUGGGCGUGAACAGCGGGGAAGAGCUCCAGCUCACCACCACCAUCACCCACGUGGACGGGCCCACGGAGGUUUACAAGCUGGCUCGGAAGGAGGCUCAGGAGUGAUGCUGAGGUGGCCUCAUCGGGACCCAGACUGGGGUGGAGAGCAGAGGACAGCACAAGGCCUGUGGCAGGAGCCCUCUCCGACCUGCCUUGCUCCUCGAGCACCCCGUGCCUCGUGUGUUUCACAGAGCGUGACACCGAGCAGAGCAUUUGUAAACUCUUUUUAA